CGUCAAGGUGUGAUCACGUGAUUCUCAUUGCGGGGUAGGUGGAAAGAAAAGGUAACACUUCUUUUCUGUUGUCUUUCCCGUUGAUUCUGCUGCUCUGUCCCUGUCUUUUUGAAAGGAAGAGAGGAGGGGACUCCCUUAUCACUGUUUCUUUUAUCUGCUGCAGUAAAGAAGGACCGAUCUCUAAAGAUGCCUUCGAAACAAGAGGCAUACCGCGCACUGGAGCUGUUGGAGCAAUACUGCACCAACCUAGAGAGACAACCCGGCUCUGAAGAACUCCAGGAGACAUUAAGGAAAGCUAUAGUCGCCAUCAGGUCCCGACUUUUCCAAGCACUUCUUGAUAUUCAAGAGUUUUACGAAGUCACUCUUGAGAAUGCUGCUAAACCAGUCGACGUUAAAACCGAGGAGACACGCAAACUUGCUGAAAAGUGGGAGGACUCAAACCCACCCAUACCAGUCAACGUCCGUCGUCUUGCCCAGCAUACCAUUGCCCCCAGUGUCCAUGCCGAUAAAAAGAAGGAACAAUCUAAAAGCCAGUCACCAGCAACUGAAGAGUUACUCCAACCCUCUUCACAAAGUAUCAGAGAGGACACAGUUGUCAUUCAGAAGGAGGAAGGAAGAGGUCUUGGGUUAAGUGUAGCAGGUGGAACAGACAACCCUCAUGCAGUUGGAGAGACUGGUAUAUUCAUAACUCGUCUUACACCUGGCUCACCGGCAGAACGUUCCGGACUACUACAGCUUGGAGACCAGCUGCUCUCAGUUAAUAAUGUUCCUCUCGUUGAUGUUGUUCAUAAUGAUGCUGUUGAUGCUCUUAGAAACGCUGGACUCACCGUCACUUUGCGUAUCAGGCGGUUCCUAGAUCGUGUCUGGAGUCCUGCUAGUGUUGAUGAUUUGGAUGAUCCUCCUGUCAUGAUAAAGGAGCACACUUCUUCCCCUCCCCCUCCCCCCGCCCAGUUCACAGGCGGUGACAGUCCCACCACAGUUAUUACUCUCAACAAGAAUGGAGGGACUAGUCUCGGGUUCAGUAUAGCUGGAGGGAAAGGGAAUCAACAUGUUCUUGACGAUAACGGAAUAUUUGUUACAAAGAUAACCAAAGGAGGUGUGGCCGAUCAGGACGGACAGCUUGAGGUUGGGGACAGAGUCCUAGAAGUGAACGGACAGAACAUGGUGGAGAUUGACCAUGAGGACGCUGUGGCCAUUUUGAAAGCAACAGGACAAGAAGUGACGCUGAAGAUAGAGAAGAAUUCACUGCCUCAGGACAUAACUGUCACCUCUGACGAGGGAAAGGCUAAAGUCCUUUCUCUCCUUCUCCAGGCUCCAGCUGACAAAGAACUUAUUGAUAAACCUCGCAUCAUCACCCUCAGCAGACCAGAGGGGGUGGGGCUUGGGUUCAACAUUAUCGGAGGAGAAGAGGAAGUCGGUAUUUUCAUUAGCGUGAUCUCAAAAGAAGGCGUGGCUGCUGAUAACGGUCAGUUACGAGUCGGAGACAUGAUCCUGGAGGUUAACGGGCAGAAUUUGGAGACCUGGUCACACGAGACGGCAGCCCAAGCUCUGAAGACAGCUGGAGAGACUGUCACUCUCAAAGUAGUUUACAAACCAGACGAAUUUGAGGAAUUUUAUCGAAAGAUGAACAUCAGACCAGACCAAGAUGUGAAGACACUUUAUGUCAGGUAAGGACCACAUCAAGCAUACAUGUA